AUGGCAUAUCCUUGCUUCACCAAUAUCUACCGGAAGGCGAGUUAUCCAGCCAUUGACCCGUCACGACCCGAACUGUCGGUCAAAGACAAGACUGUGAUCGUCACGGGGGCAGGAGAAGGAAGUAUUGGAGCUUCUGUGGUGAUGGCGUUUGCUAAGUCUGGAGCAAGCAAAAUUGCCUUGAUUGGAAGAACCGUGGACACCCUUCAAAAGACUAAAGACGCGGUUGACCAAGCAUACCCCGAGACGACAGCUUUCGUGGUUGUUGCAGAUAUCUCCAAAACGGAGAGUAUAGGGAUUGCAGCUCAUCAUAUUAGAGCAACCUUGGGCGCAUGGGACAUCUUUGCUCACUGCGCUGGCUUCUUACCGGAACUGACGACAAUGACCGGGGCAGAUGAGGACGAUUGGUGGAAGGCAUUCGAGGUCAAUACCAAAUUCUCCCAUCACUUUGCAAAACAUUUCUUGCCAAAAUCUCGACCGAAUGCCACUUACAUUAGUACUAAUGCCGCGACUUGCCACGUUCCAGCCGCACUAGCACCGAAGAAUUCGGCCUAUGCCGCUUCGAAAAUUGCCAUGGUAAAGCUCGACGAGUAUCUGGCCGAAGAAAAUCCGACCCUCCGAGUAUUUACGGUCCAUCCUGGCAUCAUUAUGAGCAACAUGAGCAAAAAGUUCUUGGGGAACGAUAAAGAAGCUGCUGCCGGAGGUGUAUAUGACGACCCAGAACUCCCGGCAAACUUCAUGGUCUGGCUAGCCAGUCCAGAGGCUGAUUUUCUGAGAUCGGGAAGAUUUUUGUGGGCUAAUUGGGAUGUGCCAGAGUUGAUCGCUCGAAAAGCAGAGAUCGAGGCCAAUCCAGCCCUUUUCAGGAUCAACAUUGGGGGAUGGCCAUUUCAAUGA